GCUUCCCCGGCGCCGCUGUCCAUCUCGCCCGCCGCGCUCCUCCCUCUCGCUCUCCCGCGGCGGCGCCCGGCCCUCCUCGCCCCUCAGCAGCGGCGACGACAGCGCCGGGCCAUGGCCGAGUGGAGCCCCGCCCAGGCUCUUCAGUGGGAGGUGGAGGCCCAGCCCAUGGCUGCUGCCCAGCCCCUCGGCGCCCCUGAGCAGACGCCCAUGGGGGACGUGCUCCCUGAAGCGGCUGAGCUCUCCCUGACGGUCGUGGCUGAAAUCCAAGCGGUGGAGAGCAAAGUGGACUCUUACGCAGCGCAGCUCAUGAGCCUGGAGGGGAGGAUGGGGAUGGCUGAGACGAAGCUGGACGGCUGUGAAAAGACCGCUGUCGAAUUUGGGAACCAGCUGGAGAGCAAGUGGGCUGCCCUGGGGACCCUCAUUCAAGAGUAUGGGCAGCUCCAGAGGAGGCUGGAGAACAUGGAGAACCUGCUCAAGAACCGCAACUUCUGGAUCCUCCGCCUGCCCCCAGGAUCCAGGGGGGAAACCCCCAAGGUCCCUUUGCUGUUUGACGAAGCCUCCUGCAGUUUCUCCGAGCAAGAGUGGCGCAGCUUGGAUGAAGGGCAGAAGGACCUCUACCGGCACAUCAUGAAGUGCAACUACAAGGCCGUUGUCUCUAUGGACGCUGCCAUCUCCAAACCUGACCUGCUCUCUCGGAUCGAGCAAGCAGAUGUCGCCGGUCGGGGGGAUGUCGAGGAAAGAGAAGCUCUGAAGGAGACCACCCUGGGCUCUCCGAUUUCCGCCCUCAACGACAACUCCUGGAUGGAGCCGGAGGAAAUGUCCCUGGUCAAAAGCAUGGGCGACUUGGAGGAGAGCGAGAUCCCUGGAGAUCCCACCAUGAGUGCUCCGCAGCUUCUGGAAGAAGACCCUGAAAGCUUGGAGCUCCCCGGCAUGUUCCCAAGGAAGUGGACGGAAGUCUUCCAGGGCCCGGGCGAGGAACUGCUUUGCGAGAGCCACCCCAUUUCGGUGGCGCCUGCAAGGAAGGCCCCAGGGAGCAGCCUGAGGCGGUCAGCUCGCUGCGUGGCUGAGUCGAGGAAAGAGGACCCCUCCUCUGCAUUGGCGGUAGAGGCCCACACUGGGCCCUACAUCUGCUGCGAGUGUGGGGAGGGCUUCCUGGACAAGCAGCUCUUCACCGCUCACCAGAAGACCCACGACGGAGGAGGGAGCUAUCCCACGAUGGACCCCGGAGGAGGAGGAGGAGGGGACCUGAAGCUGAAGCCGAGCCCCUUACCUCUCCAGAGGGCCCCGACGCCGGCGCGCCCCAAGCCCCCAAAACGCCCUGAGCCCCAGAGGAGCCCCGCCCUCAAGCCCGGCGCCGGGAAGCGCCCCGGGAACCACAUGGUAGAGCGCCCCUACACCUGCACACAGUGCAAGGAGAGCUUCAAGCUGGAGGUGAGCCUGCUUCUCCACCAGAAGCUGCACACGGGGAAGGGCGACGGGCCGCUGACGUGCACCUACUGCGGCAAGGACUUCCGGGACCUCUCCAAGGCCGUCCGGCACCAGCGCAUCCACACGGGCGAGAGGCCCUACCAGUGCACCGAGUGUGGGAAGAGCUUCAUCCGCCGGGACCACCUCCUCAAGCACUGGCGCGUCCACACCGGGGAGACGCCCUACCAGUGCGCCACCUGCGGGAAGAACUUCCGCUACAAGGAGUCCCUGAACUGCCACCAGAAAAUCCACACCCGCAACCCCACGGCACACCACCUGGGGCUGGGGGCGCAGGCCGGCCUGGUGGGCUUGAAGCAAGAGCAGCCCUAUUCCAAGUGCCGGCAGCGAGGCUGCAGAGAGAGCAUGGAUUCCAAGGUCCUGAACCAGCGAGACUCCUGCUGGUUCUGCAACUCGCUGCUACUGCCGUUGCUUUUGCCGCCUCGCAUGGAGCUCCUGGCUGCCGAGCUCAGCCGGACACCAGCCGUUCGGUGCCCCUUCGGCGCCCCUGGUGGGGACUGCGUCUGCGCUGCCUCCCGCAGGAGGAUGGAUGGAGGCGGCCGGGCGCCGCCUGGCUUCAUCUCGCCUGCCUUUGCUGCGGGUGCGCGGCUCCUCCUCUUCCCUUCUGCCCCCAGCGGACGGCGGACCCCUCUCCGCCUUCCUCCACCUUCUGAUUCCGGGGCUCCCUCCUUCCUUCCUUCCCUCCCUCCCUCCUUCCUUCCUCCUUUCCGGCGGCUUCUCCGGACGGAUCCGACCCACCUGCUGCCUGCUUGCCUCCCCAGGGGCGCGAUGGCUGCUGAAUGGGAUCCUCCUGCGCAGCAGGGCUUAGAGUGGGGCAGGGGACCCCUGCAGCCGACCCCGGUGCACCCUUGUUUCCUCCCCAAGCGGAGCUGCGGCAGUACCGCCCACCCGCAAGCCGCGGAGAUCUCCCUCUGGACGGUGGUGGCCGCCAUGCAAGCGGUGGAGAGGAAGGUGGACGUCCACGCAGGGCGGCUGCUGACGCUGGAGCGGAGGGCGGGGCAGGCCGAGAAGAAGCUCUCCGGGACGGAGAAAGCCAUGGCGGAGUUCAGCCACCACCUGGAUGCGCUGGGGACCCUCAUCCAGGAAUACGGGCAGCUCCAGAGGAGGCUGGAGAACAUGGAGAACCUGCUCAAGAACCGCAACUUCUGGAUCCUCCGCCUCCCCCCGGGAUCCAGGGGGGAAACCCCCAAGGUGCCGGUGACCUUUGAUGAGGUCUCUGUCUGCUUCUCGGAGGAAGAGUGGGGGAACUUGGACGGAGACCAGAGGGAGCUCUACAAAAACGUCAUGAAAGGGAACUACGAGUCUCUGGUCUCGCUGGAUUACGCAAUUGCCAAACCUGACCUGCUGACCCGGAUUGAACAUGGGCCGGAGCAGGCAGCUGAGGAUGAAGAGGCUCCCAGGAGCAUCGGCCCAGAAUUCCCUGCACCCACAAAUGACACCGUCUCUCUUGUCCAGCGGGAAAUUGUCCCUUCGGUGGUGGGCGAGUGGGAUUCGGGAGAAAGGGGGGCGCCCCCGGACGAAAGCCCAGAUCCCACCCUCUUCGCUCAGGCGCCUGCCAGGCCAGAGAUGAGGCCUGGGGACCUGGGGCAGUACAGCACAUUGCCAGAGGCCUUGGACCAGGCUGUUUUCCACUUCCCCGAGGAAGGCCUGGCGUGCGUGGACGGGCAGACGUCCGGCGGCGGCCUGGAGGAGCCCGCCGUGUGCGGGAGCGACAUUGCGGACUUCACCACCAUCAUCGUCCCCGAGGGGGCCCUCCCCGGCGAGGCCCCGUACGUCUGUGCCGACUGCGGGAAGAGCUUCCUGUACGAGGAGCAGCGCGCCCUGCACCAGCGGACCCACCCCCGAGCCUCCCCCGAACCCGGAGGAAGCCCCGCCUCGAGCCUGCAGCCGGGGGGCGAGGCGUACCCCUGCCCCGAGUGCGGGCGCUGCUUCCCUCACCAGGCGAGUCUCAGCAAGCACCGGCUGUGGCACUCGGGCGAGCGGCCUCACACUUGCUCCGAGUGCAAGAAAAGCUUCCGCCUGAAGAUCAACCUCCGCCUGCACCAGCGGACCCACGCGGCGGCCGCGGGGGGCCUGGAGGGGAAGGGGGGCUCCUACAUCUGCGGCGAGUGCGGGCGCAGCUUCAACCACCACUCCAACUUCCUGCGCCACCAGAUGAUCCACACGGGCGAGCGGCCGUACGCCUGCGGCGAGUGCGGGAAAACCUUCAUCCGGAAGGAGCACCUCGCCACGCACGGGCGCCUGCACACUGGCGAGAGGCCCUACCAGUGCCCACUGUGCCAGAAGAGCUUCACUCGCAAGCAGCACCUUGUCGGGCACCAAAGGCUCCACGAAGGCGGAGAUCCCUGGCUGGAGGGCCAUUCGGGGCAGAGGCCUCUCCGGAGCCAGUGGGGCAGGGUGAAGAUGCGGGCGGAGGCUGGCAGUGCCCCCCACCUCAGGCAGGAGCGGUUCCCCCCUUAAACACCCUCUUUGGGCACUGCCGGGGCGCUUGGUGCUAGGACUAAGAAGCAUCGGUGGGACGUGGGCUGAGGAAGCAGUUGUGGCCAUGGACAACUUGGACUGUACCGCUGGGGUCGCCAGAGCUGGAGACGGAAAACAAAGCCUGCGGCUUGGAGAGGUUCCUGUUACCGGUUUUGUUUCUUCAAAGGGGGGGGGAGAGAGAUUUCUCCCGACUUUCUCGACGUUGGCCAAGGCCGAGAAAACGAAACUGGUCCUCCUUGUUUCAUUUGCUAAGUCUUGAUGGUAAAGUGUUGUUUCCCAACCCGCUUGACAGCCGUCUCAGUGUCUUGCUUCAAACGAGUUCCUUAGAGGGGUGGUGCCUUUUGUGGGACUCGGUUCUGAAUCCUUGAUCUUUCUCCCAACUCUGCAGCUGCAAAGGGGGCUGGGGAAAGCUCCCUUAACAACGAACCCCCAAAUCUGGGAGCCCCUCUAAACUUGUGCCAAAGUUUUGCCGUCGUUUCGCAGCAAAAACCCGUAUUUUUCAGUGCCCCAUAAAUGUAGCGGAUCGUAGUUAACGAAGCUGCUGGGGAGGUUUGUUUCGUUGUUGGAGGUAAUGCCCCACUUUUAAUUUAAUUUUUAAAUUCAUAAUGACUAGCAACUUGAGACAAACGUAACACAGGUCGUUGCUCAGCGGUAGAGCUUCUGGCUUUUGUUGCGGAAGGUCCCUGGUUGAGUCUUCGGUGGCAUCGCCUGGCUUAUUUACAAAUGAAUCCUUCGAUUGCUGCUGCAAUGCCCUUAAGUGUUAUUUGAGCUAUUCCUGUCCUGGCAGAAGCAGAAUAAAUUCUACAAACGGCGAUACAACAAAAUGAUAAGUCUGCUGUCACACUGCAGUUCCCCUAGUCACCAAUAGGUGGCAGCACCAACCACUGCAGCAUAGCAGAAUGGCAGCUAGGGAAGUGAGUUGUGGGGCAGCCCAGGCGACCUGCUUAAAGGAGGGUGGGAUCCACUUCAGAGAGCAAUGGGGCAAGACUGCGA